UUCUUCUCUCUCAUUCUGUUUUAGCAAAAAGAAAAAAAAAAUGAGGAUCAUACUACAAUGGAGGGCCGAUCGACGCCGCAUUUGGAUCGGCCUUUUUGGAGAGAGGGGAUGGAGCCGACGGAUGGCCCUAAGGUGGGACGAUGGAGGCCGAUGGGGAAGGCCCUCCCAUCGGCCCUCCAUUUCCCCAAAAUUAACAUCUUCUUUCCAAUCUACUUCCACUUCCGACUUCCGCAGACGCCUCCGCAUCGAGGAUAACUCCUUCGCCGAAGGCAUCCGGUUUAAGAGGGAUAGCCACGGCCAAUUGCAAACCGCUAUUCUCACCUACCGCAAGAAGUUCCCCUUCUCCAUUUUUCAACCCUUACUCCGAGUUGAUUUGGUCUCCACGAUUCAUAUUGCUGAGAAGGAGUACUAUGCAACCCUACAGAAAGAACUCGAGGGAUAUGAUUGUGUUCUUUAUGAGUUGGUUGUUAGCAGAAGGUGCCUAAUGACCAGUAGGAGCCUAAAAAACAGUAGGAGCCGUGUUUUUUACAACGACUUCGGGGGAUCUGUCUUAUGGACUCCAACUUCGGGGGGAUCUGUCUUACAACGACUACUGGCCAAGUUUUUUACGCUUGACUUUCAAUUAGAUUGUCUUGACUACCAGGCAGAUAAUUGGUAUCAUGCUGAUCUUGACAAGGAAACUUUUGUAUCGCUUCAGAAUGAAAGGGGUGAAAACAUCUCCACAUUUUUCAGAGAUACGAAACGUAAGUCGAGAGAAGCUCUGCCCCGGGAAGAUCUUGGUCCGUGGAGGUCCAGGCGCGAUUUCGGUGCAUCAAUGAGAUUUUUACUAGCAAAGGGGCUGGCAAAAGAUGUUGCACAGAUAACAGCUGAUGUGGAAGACACAUCUGUGAUGAUCGGCGAGAGGAACAGAGCUGCAACAAGGGCGCUACGGAGAGCCAUUGAUGGAGGCAACAAGAAGAUUGCGAUCAUUUACGGGGCAGGGCACAUGAAGGACUUGGGGCGAAGGCUGCGGAAAGAGUUCGAUCUCAUCCCCACCCAGGUGCACUGGAUAACGGCGUUUUCCAUAAAGAAUAGGAAUCUCACAAGCAGCUCUCUCCCAUUAAAUAUAUGGCAAACUCUAGCAUUUCUCAUAAUAUCUUCACUUCUUGCAUGGGAUCUCUGGGGUUGGAAACUCUUAUAGGGUUGGGUGUCGAGUGAGGCUUCGGAUUUUAUUCAUUAUGUUAUCAACAUAUUCAUGUGAUUUGAUUUGAAGAUGGUUCUGAAGUUUAACUUCAAGAAUAUUAUGUAUUCAAACCGUGAUAUUUGAUGAAUAAUUAUAGAAUUCUUUAAAUUUGUUCGUUA